CCGCGGGGCUGACCCGGGCGCGUCCGAGCCUCGCCGCCGCCGCCGCCCUUCGUUGUCACGCCGAUCGCACCCGCGUGGGAACUGCCAUCCUUUCGGCCUGCCGAGCGGCGGCAGCGGCGGCAGCAUCCCAGCCCCGGGCGCCGGCAGGAAGGGAGGCGGCGGCGGCCGGCGGGGCGCGACCCCCGCGCGAGUCUCAACAAUGGUGCGCGACGCUCGGGCGAUCCCCGCGGCCGCCCCGCGGCCGUAGAGGAAGCGGCCGGGAGACGCCCCCCGCCCCCAGCUCGCCCGAGUUUGCACGGCCGGCCUCCCGGGCUGGGGCUCCCCCGCUCGCCAGCGCCCAGGGCGGCUCAGCCCGGAGCAUGGUGCCGGCGCCCGGCUCGCUCUAAUCGCUCCUCUCCCUCCUCCUCUCGCUCCUCCCGUCCUUCCCGUCCCUCCCGCGGGUGCUGCCUCUGGCUUCUCUGUGAGAGGGAGUACAACUCUCUGCUUCUUCUCCACGGAGACUGGCCGGUGACCGUCACCCGACAAGAACUUGCCCAUUUGAAAGCCAGCCCGGAACAGCUGGAGAAUGUCCACCCCGAGCAGAUUCAAGAAAGACAAAGAGAUCAUAGCCGAGUAUGAAAGUCAAGUCAAAGAAAUCCGAGCCCAGCUGGUAGAGCAACAAAAAUGUCUGGAGCAGCAGACAGAGAUGCGAGUUCAGCUGCUCCAGGACCUGCAAGAUUUCUUCAGGAAAAAAGCAGAAAUUGAGACCGAAUAUUCUCGGAACCUGGAGAAGCUGGCAGAGAGGUUCAUGGCCAAAACAAGAAGCACUAAGGACCAUCAACAAUUCAAGAAAGACCAGAACCUGUUGUCUCCAGUGAACUGCUGGUAUUUGCUCCUGAACCAAGUGAGGAGGGAGAGCAAAGACCACGCCACCUUGAGUGACAUCUAUCUGAACAAUGUCAUCAUGCGGUUCAUGCAGAUAAGCGAGGAUUCCACCCGGAUGUUUAAGAAGAGCAAAGAGAUUGCGUUCCAGCUUCACGAGGACCUGAUGAAGGUUCUUAAUGAGCUUUACACGGUGAUGAAAACCUACCACAUGUAUCACUCAGAGAGCAUCAGCGCGGAGAGCAAGCUGAAGGAAGCUGAGAAACAAGAGGAGAAACAGAUCGGGAGGUCUGGUGACCCGGUCUUCCACAUUAGGCUAGAGGAGAGGCAUCAGCGGCGGAGCUCUGUCAAGAAAAUUGAAAAAAUGAAGGAAAAGAGACAAGCAAAAUACUCAGAAAAUAAGCUGAAAUCGAUCAAAGCCCGUAACGAGUACCUCCUAACACUUGAAGCAACCAACGCCUCCGUGUUCAAAUAUUACAUCCAUGAUCUUUCAGACUUAAUCGAUUGCUGUGAUCUUGGCUACCAUGCAAGUCUGAACAGAGCCCUCAGAACGUACCUCUCGGCAGAGUACAACCUUGAAACCUCCAGACACGAAGGCUUAGACAUCAUUGAAAACGCGGUGGACAAUUUGGAGCCCAGGAAUGACAAGCAGAGGUUCAUGGAGAUGUACCCCGCGGCGUUCUGCCCACCAAUGAAAUUCGAGUUUCAGUCUCACAUGGGUGAUGAGGUGUGUCAGGUCAGCGCCCAGCAGCCUGUCCAGGCAGAGCUCAUGCUAAGGAACCAACAACUGCAGUCCCGACUGGCCACACUCAAGAUCGAGAGCGAGGAGGUCAAGAAAACGACAGAAGCCACCCUCCAGACCAUCCAAGAUAUGGUCACCAUCGAGGACUACGAUGUGUCUGAGUGCUUCCAGCACAGCCGAUCCACAGAGUCUGUGAAGUCCACUGUGUCCGAAACCUACCUGAGUAAACCCAGCAUCGCCAAGAGACGUGCUAACCAGCAAGAGACCGAGCAGUUCUACUUCAUGAAACUUCGAGAGUUCUUGGAAGGCAGCAAUCUCAUCACAAAACUUCAGGCUAAGCAUGACUUGCUACAGAGGACUCUCGGAGAAGGUCAUAGAGCUGAAUAUAUGACGACAAGGCCUCCAAACGUCCCCCCUAAGCCCCAGAAACACAGGAGGUCCAGGCCCCGCUCCCAGUAUAAUGCUAAGUUGUUUAAUGGGGAUCUGGAGACAUUCGUCAAGGACUCGGGCCAGGUUAUCCCUCUCAUUGUAGAAAGCUGUAUCCGCUUCAUUAAUCUCUACGGUCUUCAGCAUCAGGGGAUCUUCAGAGUGUCUGGCUCCCAGGUGGAAGUGAACGAUAUCAAGAAUUCUUUCGAGAGAGGCGAGAACCCUCUAGCCGAUGACCAGAGCAACCACGAUAUUAACUCUGUGGCCGGCGUUCUGAAGCUAUACUUCCGAGGGCUGGAAAACCCCCUCUUUCCUAAGGAAAGGUUUAAUGACCUGAUUUCUUGUAUCAGAAUAGAUAAUCUCUAUGAGAGGGCGCUCCACAUCCGCAAACUCCUCCUGACCUUGCCCAGGUCGGUCCUUAUAGUGAUGAGAUACCUGUUUGCCUUCCUCAAUCACCUCUCCCAGUACAGUGACGAGAACAUGAUGGACCCUUACAAUCUGGCCAUUUGCUUCGGCCCAACGCUGAUGCCCGUUCCGGAAAUACAGGACCAAGUGUCCUGCCAGGCACAUGUGAACGAGAUCGUGAAGACCAUCAUCAUCCACCAUGAGACUAUUUUCCCAGAUGCUAAAGAACUGGAUGGCCCUGUGUACGAGAAGUGUAUGGCCGGAGGCGACUACUGCGACAGCCCGUACAGUGAGCACGGGACACUGGAGGAGGUGGACCAAGACGCCGGCACGGAACCCCACACCAGCGAAGACGAGUGUGAGCCCAUCGAAGCCAUUGCCAAGUUUGACUACGUCGGGCGGUCAGCUAGAGAGCUGUCCUUCAAGAAGGGUGCCUCCCUGCUGCUGUAUCACCGAGCCUCUGAGGACUGGUGGGAAGGCAGACACAACGGGAUCGAUGGGCUUGUACCUCAUCAGUACAUAGUCGUGCAAGAUAUGGACGAUACAUUUUCAGACACACUGAGCCAAAAAGCUGACAGCGAAGCAAGCAGCGGGCCAGUCACUGAAGACAAGUCCUCAUCCAAGGACAUGAACUCCCCGACUGACCGCCAUUCCGAUAGCUAUUUAGCCAGGCAGAGAAAGAGAGGAGAGCCACCCCCUCCGGGAAGACGUCCUGGCAGGACCAGUGAUGGCCAUUGUCCCCUGCAUCCCCCACAUGCUCUUUCUAACUCCUCGAUUGAUCUGGGAUCCCCGAACCUAGCCAGCCACCCCAGGGGCCUGUUGCAGAGCCGUGGCCUCAACAAUGACAGUCCUGAGAGGCGGCGCCGGCCGGGCCACGGCAGCCUGACCAACAUCAGCCGGCACGACUCCCUCAAGAAGAUUGACAGCCCUCCUAUCCGAAGGUCUACAUCGUCGGGGCAGUACACUGGCUUCAAUGACCACAAGCCACUGGACCCCGAGACAAUUGCUCAGGAUAUCGAAGAGACCAUGAACACGGCUUUGAACGAACUCCGUGAGCUGGAGAGGCAGAGCACGGUGAAGCACACCCCCGAUGUCGUGCUCGACACCUUGGAACAAGUGAAGAACGCACCCACCCCUGCCACUUCCACAGAGUCGCUCAGCCCGCUGCACAAUGUCGCCCUCAGGAGCUCAGAGCCUCAGAUUCGCCGGAGCACCAGCUCCUCCAGCGAUACCAUGAGUACUUUCAAGCCGACGGUGGCGCCAAGGAUGGGUAUCCAGCUGAAGCCCCCGGCCCUUAGGCCAAAGCCUGCUGUUCUUCCAAAAACAAACCCUGCCGUAGGACCCGCCGCACCCUCCCAGGGUCCCGCAGACAAGUCUUGCACAAUGUAAAACACGAAGGUCACGAGGGGAGGGGAGAGGUCUGAAAGUGAAAAUGCAUUAGUGGCCAGAGUCAUGGUGACCCACAACCUUCCUCAGUCUCACGCAUAUAACUGGAGACCCUUUAGCUUUUCUAUGUUGUGUCGAAUGUAAUGAUGUCUGGGACUAGCUAAAUUAACAUGGGCAUUUGUAUUUUGUAAUUUUUUUUUUAAAUAACUGGACACCUGUCAUUUUAAAGACAAUAGAAACACUUAGACUUACUUGAAAAUCCAAUGCUGCACCCUUGUAAUGAAGGCAACGCCUCACCCAACACGGUAUAUGGCUUCAGAUGUAGUGUAGCCCAGGCGAGUGCCCCAGAAGCAAGAAAACCCGAAUUCCCAGGUCUUACUGGAGUGUCCUCACCUGCCAUGAUUUCUGACACUUGUGGGAAGAGCACUGGUUGCCUAGUAACUGACAACAAGCACCUCUAACUCUGUCCAGAGUGGCGCCGCACCUGAUGAAGGUCACAGAGGGGAGUCCAGUGGGUCCUUCAGUUCAUGGCUUGAAAGAUUCAGUGACGGACCCUUCUGUAAAUGUCAUUUCCCCAGAGCCAGGUCAGAGACUCCGUGGAAGGGUGCAGAAGAUACUCAGAUGUUGCUUGAACAGGACCUGGAAAAGGCAGUUAGGGAAAGUGUCUCCAAAGCUGUUGAUGCUGCUCCCUCAAAGAACUCGAUCAGGCCCCGGAGAAGUCCAAGUCCACCCCCUACACUUCCAAAGGACUGGAGCGGCCAAAUCGUGAGGACUCUCUGGUUACACCACAGACUCUUGCAAAUGUGUUCAGUAACUGCCUGAGAGCUAUGUCUGCCUACCCCUGAACGCCGUGUUCUCCUUCAUGGCGAUGGAAACCACCAGAUGGGAAAUUAAUCCUUGAUUCACUGAUGUGGUGACUAAAUUAUCUUGGUUUCCUUUCUGCCACAAAGGCCCAAUGGUCCCCAGUUUGGAAGCCCCAGCUCUGCUCGCCACAGCUCUCUCUGAGCCAAGCCAGACCUGGCUACGGUACUGAAUGAGAGUCAUGAGAAGCCACCACGGGAAGAUGACCUUGUGGCGCCGGGAUGGUGCCUUCUCGGUUUUGUACCUCAGAAUCGUGACUUCUGUUCUCCUGUUUGUUGUUUGCUUUUUGGGUUUUGCAUUAUGAUCUCUACAGAACUCCUAUGGUCCAAUGGGCUUAACUGGGGACCUCUUUCCCUGGUAAUUUAGCAUAUAGCCAUUUUCUUUAUCAUAUAUACUAUAUUUUUCCUCUACCUUAAAAAAAAUAUAUGGUAGAUUUGUGUUUGUUUGGUUCUGGGGACUGACAGAGACCUCUUGCAUGCUAAGUAUACACUACCACUGAGCUGUAUAUCCCAGCCCUCCCCUACCCCCCAAGAUCAUUCUGCACACAACUGUUUCCACUAAGGUACAAAUCACAAUUUCCCAGGUCUCAGCAGCCGACAUCUGUAUUAAUAUUCAACUUCCUGAUGAAGCAAAGAGAUGGCUCAAAGCAAACCCCUCAGGGCCCACCCACCAUUAAUUACCUUCUAGGUCUAAUUUCAAAUGGCUGGCAGCUGGUUGCUUGCCCACCUAAGAGUAGCACAGCACUGACAGUAACUCCUACAGAAACCAACCUGCGCUAAAGUCAAGACUGACACCAAUGGCUACCUCACAGUUUGCCAGUCUAGUCAUCCCAUUGCAGGAAAAAAUAUUAAUGAAUACUCCCCUUCCAAGUCACUCUCCUCCUUUCACAGAUGUACUGAAGACAUACUCCCUACCCCCAGGUACUUCAGGUAUGGUAAGGUUUUAAACCUCGAACUUUUCAGAAACAUCCUUUCUGACCAUUUUGAAAAAAGAAACCAAGGAAACCCAGCCAGGAUUGCCCUUUGACACCCACUGCUGUUCUCCUUGGAAGUGUAUUAUCUCCUAAAUGAACCCGCAACUUAUUUAGAAAACAACAAUGAUUCUUAGAACCAUCGUUUGCAAAUGCAUUUUUUUCUCUUCCUCCUCCUCCUCCUCCCCCUCCUCCUCUCUUCCUCUUCUUCCUCUUCUUCUUCUUCUUCAUUGAAUUCAGGACCUCUGCUCUCCGGCCCUGCUCACUCCAGCCCAAAGAUUUAUUUAUUAUAUCUAAGUACACUGUAGCUGUCUUCAGACACACCAGAAGAGGGCGUCAGAUCUCAUUAUGGAUGGUUGUGAGCCACCCUGUGGUUGCUGGGAACUCAGGACCUGGGGAAGAGUAGCCGGUGCUCUUAAAUCUAUAGGGCCAUCUCUCUCUCCAGCCCUGUAAACGCCUUUCUUAAGCUUUAAUUUUAGCUUUUCAGAUCUUUACUUCCUUAGCUCCCUAGCAGCCUCCUCCACCCAUCCACCCCACCCCCACUGCCACCUGAGUCCGGAUGCCUUCAGUGCUCCAGCUACGCCUAGGUCUAUGCUAGGUCAGGACUCUGCUGACCUGAAUAACAAAGGCCUUGCUUUUGUACAUCACUGGGGCCUCUUCCUCUAGGAAAUGGCUCCUGGUUGAUUCCAUCACUCCUUUACCUUCUCCAUCUUCCGUCCGGUACCUGUUGCCAGUUUCCAGGCUUAUAUUUGUCUCAAAUGAAAACAAAGAGCAUAGAUGGCCUCCUGCUAAGCGCUCACCAAGGCUUGCCCUCCUUAGAAAUGGCCCAACGGGCCUAGUUUCCCCUUCUAACUUUGCCACCCUGUGAGCCAUGCACAGAAUAGUUUAAGGUAAGGCCACCCCCACCCCUGCCAGAGGAUCCUAAAAACUCAGUAAAGCUCUCUAGGCUGCAGCAGUGGAGAAGGGUCACCUUGCAGGGCCUGGUUUGAACCACAGAUGUAGCACAGCAGGAAGGCACAAAGGAAGGAAAUGAACCCCGAAGUACUCUCUGCUCUCCCCCAUUUCCAGAUCUCACAGUCCACAUGCAGCUUUUGGGAGUCUGGGAGUGUUGGGUUUGUGGGAGUGUCUGAGUGAAGCGACAGUCCAAAACAAUACCACAAUGUAGUCUCCACAUGCACUAAAGAUUCGCAGCUGACAGCACGCAGCUGCCGCCCAUCCAUACAACCCCUGAUGGGGAUUUGCAAAGCCCCGUGGUGGUGUGAGUUGGUGUGCGGAACAGAUUGCUAGGAACUGCUGCACAUCCUCUGAGGAGUGUCACAUAAACUUCCGAACUGCUGAGGGCACUGUGUAAAAGCCCUUGUCACACACCACACCAUUGUUCAACAGUUUUCCUCGUGUUCCUUCAGGGAACGUAAUCUGACUCUGGUGCCCCAUGAGCCAGCCACAGAACAAUUCAUGCGAGGUCCCACUCAUUCUACUAUUACCAAUGGAUAAAGAGCUCCCAAGGGUCGGUCAGUCUCUCUUGAGUUUUUCUGUCUCUGCAUGUGCCAUCCCCAAAGUGGCUCUAUCCUGGAACUAAGAAACUGGGUUGGUGGUAGUGGUCUUAGCAUGUUGGGAUUGUUCCGUCUCUGCCAUCUACGUGCAGAAGGAACCAUGAUCUAAUAUCUGAAAUCCAACAGUAUGGAGGCUAUGAGUCCAUUGAGAGUCUAUUUGGGUUGAUAUUUUUCCCGGCCACAGUAGAAAAGACCAUAAAUGCAGGAACUGCAUUUGGGGUACCAUCUUUGGUAUCCACCACUGAGACCCUAAAACAGAGACUCUGAAAGUGCAAAUAGAACCCCCUACUUGAGACUGACCUCCUGAGGUGAGAACCCCCCUCAAGUCCAGCAGGCUGGAGCCUCAGGCUUACAGCAGAUGACUUUGGCAUAGACUGUAAAGUCAGAGACAGUUUUCAUUCAUCCUAAUAUACUUUAUUUAAAAAAAAAAAAGAGUCUCAGUGGUAUAAUCAAAAUGGGUAACUGUUUCUUUAAAUUACAUAGGGGAAUUUUGUAUGUUGAAAUAAUCGUACCGGGUUCCAUAAUGCUUAUCUUAGAAACUAGUAAAAGAAAACUAUAUAAACCGUGCGUUCGUGGAUGCCCCUCCGUAGAGCGUUCACCUAGGUUCCGUGUGUAGUGUGAUGGUGAUUGUAGAUAUCUAAAGCGUAGUAGGUGGCCGUGUCACGGGAGAGAUUGCUCCGUCCCUGCAUUCUUAUCGAUAACUCCCGCUCACGUAAUUAAACCAGUCUUGUCCUUUCCUGGAGGUUUGGUCAGUUGCAGUACUGGUAGCUUUCUGCUUGUGACGGUUACCUAAGUGUGUCAAUGUACAUCUGUAGUAUGUACAUGUGAAAGUGCCUUCCUAUCUUAGCGUUAGCCUUGCUCUUGGACUGUUUCCCUAGGUCCCGCCCACCGCCCACCACCACCACGUUCUCAAACUCCCUCCUCUUGUUCCCAGCCUCUCCCCACUCCCAUCAUCUUCCUGGGCCUCUGUCCUGUGCAUCUCGCAUCCGUGUGGAUUAUCGCGCUGUCUUGUUGCCCUCCUAGACGUGACUGUGCCUUUCUCAUCCCGCCGUGACUCCCUGCUGUCCGAUCCAACCUUCCCGCCAUGCCCCACCCACACUGCCGCUGCCACCCUGCCCCCUUGCUCCAUCCCUGCUCUCCAGUACACCCCCCUCCUCUCUGAGGUGAGGAGAAAAAGGGACGCUUUUACAGUCCUGGAAGAAAAAAUGUUUUGUUAAUUUGUCGUGACGAUGCACUUUUCUGUAUAGUACAGUACAUUUUUGGCAUGUACCAUUCCAGGCCUCAGUAUACGGUCGGGUUUGUUCUUCAAGGUGUAGCUUUAUAAUAAAUAUGGUAGUUCUGGUCGCCUUUGUCUGCUCAUGAUUUGCUGUGACUGUCCUGUCUGUUCCUUUUUGACUCUUGUUCUCCUGGAGAGCUGGGUUGCAUUAAAGAAUGUGAUAUUUUA